AUGCCCACUUUUGCGGUCGGUAGAGGUUCAAUCGACCGCUUGUGGGAUAUGUGCGGAGCUUUACCGCUGAAGAUUGUUCUCAGCGGAAUAAGAUAUGGCGGCAGUUCAUCCCCAUCACAUCUCUAUCUUCAUACCCCAUUUUUGCAAUGGAAAUUAGAUGAAGAUGGAUCUACAGUGGAUCUACAAUGUGGAGAGGGAGAUCACAUGGUUUAUUUUGUUGCUGCAAGGUCUACAUAUUCCGCAGUUGAUAAUGCUACGUCUAUGGACCGACAGAUCAAUUUUAAUUUCUGA